AGUGAUUGAUUUUAGAAUAAAAAAUUUUGCUUGGCGGGAAACCCAAUCCACGUUUUUCAAGAAUUUUUGAAACACUGUUUGAUAAAUUUAUCGUUUCAAAUUUUCAAUUUACAUUAUAAGCAUGUCCAAAUGUAAGAGAAUCAGUUGAUUUUGGAAACUCGAAGGCAGAAAGUCGUUUAGGUCAUCGGUAAAAUUGUGAAUGAAAAAUAAAAUUUUAGUAAUUCCUUUGAUCGAAGUCAUAUCUAGUUCGAGUUGCGCAGAUUCAGCACUUUUCCUCCUGUGGCAGUGGGCCGAAACUGCUAACUAGGACUCCCUUCCCACUCGACUUCUGUUGAAUUCGAUUUGAUUUUCUGGAUUUGGUUUGUAUUAAUAAAUAGUUAAAUACGUUUAAAGAAAAAUUCGGUUUUUCUUACUCCACCUAAAUUUUAAUCAUAUUAAUGGCAAUACAGUUGCCGACGGCAAGUUAUCGAACAAUAAUCCUCUCCAUGAAAUAUCUAGUAUCCAUUAGUUUCACCACUUUAAAUUAACAAAUUUUUUGUGGAUAAAUUUGUUGGUGUAGAUUUUAAAAAAAAACUGGUUAAUGUGUUUAUGUCAGAAGGUAGGAGGAGCCUAAAAAUGGACGGUGGCGACUUAUAAACAUUAUAAAUCGUGUUUAGGCGGAAUGUGCAUAUCAAAUUCUUCUAUACUAAAACCGUAAAACGGGAAGGUCCACACGAACUUAGCGAAAUUCAAUGGGGGUCAUAAAAGCUGUUCUGUUUCCUCUUUUUUGUAUCGACCUCCAAAAGUGAUUAUUCCGUAAUUCCCUUUCCUCUUCCUAACGUUGUUGAAGUGUGCACACCGAGGGAAUAAUUAAUAAUAUUUUGCUUGUUACUUUUAGCAUUAUUAGGCGAUUAUAGCUUAAGCAGUAUCCAUAGGUUCUCUUUCCGCCCAAGGUCUAUAGAAUCGUUUGGCGAUGUUUAGAAGAUACUCAUCAUUUCUGACCUUGCUUCGGACAAGGUUAAACGGUUAAACAUUGCCUAGAGCAUAGAAGAGCACUGGAUCAAAUGUUUUUUAAGAACUGGUCUCAAUUCGAAUCGGAACGUCGUAGGGCUUACACCCAGUUCGAAAAUCGUUAUAAGUGUAUCGUUCCCGCGAUAAAACAAAAAUUGGAAGUGCCAAGCAUAAGCGGACCCAGUAGAAAAAUCGUACGGAGUUAUAAGAAAAGCAAAAAAAAGUCAACAAUUUACGAUGGAAAAUAUGAUGGAAGACGAAUCUGGAACUGUAGACGUAUUGGCCAUGGGUGAUUCCAUGUCAAUCGAUUACGGAGUUCUCAUAGCGAUAAACUCAACCAGCAGCAGUAAUUGUACCAUUCGAUUUAAAAAUGGAUGCAGCCCACGUGAAAAACUACAUUUUCGCUUCUGGCCAGGUCAAAUCAGCCCUUCACAGACAUCCCAAGGACUAAUGGCUCUGACUGUGAUGCUGAUACUCCUUUGCUUAGUAAUAACUUACUGCUGCUGGGGUACUUGCUGCAAAUUGAUUCAGAAGCGAAGAUCGAGGAAUAGAAGUAGGAGUCAAGCGUCAUUUGAUUCAAGCAUCUCGUGUGCAUCCGAUCCAAGAUUAAUGAUGAUGUGGUCUCCGCAUCAUCACCAUGAAACGUGCGCGCAUCAUCCUGACUCAAGUCGCGCUUGUGACCAACAACGCAAUCACUUCUUAGUCAAACCCAGACUCUUGAGAUCAGAAAUUCUUCCACCACCUUAUGAUGCGCUUUUUGGCCAAGAAAACACCUGUGCUCCACCUACGUACAGCUCACUGGCAUUGAAUCAGUCCAUGUAUUCAGCAAGUUUGCGUUCUGAAAACCAUGGACCGAUUGUUUCAACCAGCGGUCCAUUCGUCUCUGUAACGGUAGAGCGGGAGGCAGACAUUUCAGGUGCGGCAGAAGACAUUCAACAGGGCGGUCGGGUUCUUAGAUGUCAAAGCGUACCUGCCUUCGUUGACAGUUCUCCAAAUAGCCAUUUCGCAAUUCACUUCAGAUCUGAAAAUCCGGAAUCAGAGACAUUUGAACAGCAUCUAGAGGACAACUAA